GCAGACGCGGACGUCCAAAAAAAAAAGAGACCAUCGGAGCAGAGCGGCGAGGCAGGCAUGGCCGCCGGGAGCCUGGACCUCCCCGUGGUAGACCUCGCGUCCCCCGACCUCCAAUCCGCCGCAGAGGCCGUCCGAAAGGCAUGCGUGGACAGCGGCUUCUUCUACGUCACCAACCACGGGAUCCAGGACCAACUGGUGGCGGCGGUGUUCGCGGAGAGCAAGAAGUUCUUCGAGCUGCCGCUGGAGGAGAAGAUGUUGCUGCACAGGAACAGCGCCCACCGGGGCUACACCGCUCCCUACGACGAAAAGCUCGACGCCUCGUCCAAAUUCAGAGGAGACCUCAAGGAGAGUUUCUACAUCGGAACGGUCCGGGAUGUAGAUAUGCAGAAUGAUCCUAACCAAUGGCCUCCUGAAGAGCGCUUUCCAUCUUGGAAGGAUACAAUGAAGUUGUUCCAUGCUACUGCACUGGCUGCCAGCAAAAGGAUAAUCUCUCUAAUUGCUCUGAGUUUGGACCUAGAUGCUGAAUUCUUUUCGAAGAUUGGGGCAUUGGACUGCCCAUCAGCAGCUCUUCGGUUAUUGCACUACCCAGGUGAAGUAAACGAGUCUGAUAACGGAAAUUAUGGUGCAUCAGCUCAUUCAGAUUAUGGAAUGAUAACUCUUUUGGCAACGGAUGGCACUCCUGGCUUGCAGAUAUGCAGGGAGAAGGAUAAGGAGGACUGGAAAGAUGUUCAUCACAUUGAGGGGGCCCUCAUUGUGAAUAUUGGUGAUUUGUUAGAAAGGUGGACGAAUUCCGUUUUCAGAUCUACACUUCAUCGUGUUGUCUCAGUUGGGAAAGAGCGAUAUUCUGCGGCUUACUUUCUCGAUCCAAACCCCGAUUUGGUGGUGCAGUGCUUGGAAAGCUGUUGCUGCGAGGCAUAUCCUCCAAGGUUUCCACCUAUCAAGGCGGGCGACUAUUUGAAAGAACGAUUAAGUGCCACAUACAAAUAGAUACACCCUCCGAUCCAUGAAAAGUGUCAGAAAUUUAAUAUAAAAGUUGUACUAACAUAGUAGUAAAUUCCCCACACUUUUUGUGGAUCGCAGGAAGUACUAGAAUUCUCUACGCAAUUGUGUGGCUAUACAUUUGAACCUAUGCAUCUAUCUUUGAAAAAAGGAGAUGUAUUUUAUACACAAUUGUAAUGGUUAUUAUUGUAAAUAUAGUUAUAUUUUAUUACAGUUAUAAGUUGUACCAGUUUAAGUAUAUACUUGAUCAAUCGGUUGCUUCAUGGUA